AGAGGAGAAAAAAUUGAAGCGAAGGAAGGGAGAGGGAAGAGAUCCAUGACGUGCUUCCAUGAUCUCUAAUCACUGGUCGGAUACUCUUCGUUGUUUAGUCUCAGCUCAAUCUCUACGACAAACCCAACAAGCACACGCGUUUGCCCUACUCAAUGGCUUGCUCCCUAAAAGCGUCUCCUUUUGUGCCUCUCUCAUCCUUCGUUACGCCUCCUUCAAUCACAUCGUUACUUCUCGCCGGCUUUUUGAACAAUCUGUCCCAUAUUCUCAUUCGGCCUUUUUGUGGAACACAAUCAAUCGAGCUUUUUUGGUGGCCGGGUUGAAUGACAACUUCCACACCUAUAAUCGAAUGUUUCGACAGGGUGUUAGGCCUGAUGAUUACACCUUUCCUUGCGUACUGAAUGUUUGUGCACAUAAUAUGGAGGUCCAGAAGGGAAUGGAGAUUCAUGGGGUUUUGUUCAAAACAGGUAUUGAUUUUAAUGUCUUCGUGGGUAACGCACUCAUGCUCUUCUAUGGUAAUUGUGGGAAUUUGAGGGAUGCACGAAGGGUGUUCGAUGAAAUGGUCGAAAGGGAUGUUGUGUCGUGGAAUACACUUAUUGGGGUGUCUUCCAUCAAUGGGUUUCAUACCGCGGGGCUUGAAUUAUUUUCUGCGAUGAAUUUGAUGGCUGGGUUCAAGCCAAAUGUGGUCACUGUUGUAACUGUGUUACCAGCUUGUGCAGAGAUUGGUGACGAGGUUAUGGCAAUGCAGGUACAUUGUUAUGUUGUGAAGGUAGGGUUAAAUUGUCAUGUGACUAUCGGCAAUGCAUUGAUUGACGUGUAUGGGAAGUGUAGAAACAUGGAAGCAACUAAGCAAGCUUUUGAUGAGAUGGUGUGCAGGAGUGAGGUUUCUUGGAACUCGAUUAUUUCAAGUCUUUCUUUUAUGUGGUCUAAUGAGGACGCCUUGAAUAUGUUUAGGCAUAUGAUUGAUAGUGGGAUGAAACCGGGGUGUGUUGCUAUUUCUAGUAUGCUACCUGUGGUAGUUGAAUUGAAGUUUUUCAAAUUGGGGAAGGAAAUUCAUGCAUUCUGUUUACGAAUGCAUAUCCAAACUGACGUUUUUGUUGCCAAUUCAUUGAUUGAUAUGUACGCAAAAUCAGGCAGUUCAAUUCAGGCAUCCAAUGUAUUUCACCAUAUGGGUGAGAGGAACGUUGUCUCUUGGAAUACAAUGGUUGCCAACUUUGCUCAGAACAGACUUGAGUUUGCAGCAAUGGAACUGACAAGACAAAUGCAAGCUCAUGGUGAAAUUCCUAAUGCUGUCACCUUCGCAAAUGUUCUUCCAGCCUGUGCACGUAUAGGAUAUCUUUGUCCUGGAAAACAAAUCCAUGCAAAGACGAUUUGUAUGGGAUUCUCUUCUGAUUUGUUUGUAUCCAAUGCUUUGACAGAUAUGUAUGUGAAAUGUGGAAGCCUAGAUCUUGCCAGAGCUGUCUUUGACAUCUCCCUUAGAGAUGAAGUGUCUUAUAAUAUCUUGAUACUAGGUUAUUCCCAAACUAGUGUGGCCGCAGAAUCUUUGAGCUUAUUCUCGGAAAUGGCACGCAAUGGCAUGAAGCAUGAUAUCGUUUCUCUAAUGGGUGUAAUAUCAGCCUGUGCAAGUCUGACAGCAACCAAGCAAGGAACAAUGAUCCAUGGACUCUUGGUCAGAAAGCAUUUUCACUCACAUCUCUUUGUUGCAAACUCUCUUUUGGACUUCUACACAAAAUGUGGACGAAUUGAUCUUGCUCACAGGAUCUUUGACCGGAUUCCAAAGAAGGAUGCAGCCUCUUGGAAUACAAUGAUUUUGGGUUAUGGACUGCUAGGUCAGUUGGAUAUUGCAAUUAAUCUCUUUGAAGCGAUGAAGGUGGAUGGAGUCCAUUACGAUUCUGUUUCAUACAUAGCGAUUUUGUCAGCUUGUAGUCAUGGAGGACUACUUGAGAAGGGGAGAAAGUACUUUGCUGAUAUGCAAGCUCAAAAUAUUGAGCCAAUGCAUAUGCACUACACUUGUAUGGUCGAUCUCCUUGCCCGGGCAGGCCUUCUGGAAGAAGCAACUGAACUUGUUAAAAGCCUACCAAUCAUACCAGAUGCCAAUAUUUGGGGUGCCUUACUUGGGGCAUGCCGAAUCUAUGGCAAUAUAGAGCUGGCACGUUGGGCAUCCGAUCAUCUUUUUAAGUUGAAGCCUCAACACUCUGGAUAUUAUUUACUUCUUGCAAACAUGUAUGCAGAAGCAGGGGAAUGGGAUGAAUCCAACAAGAUUAGGAGGUUGAUGAAAACAAGAAGUGCAAAGAAGAAUCCCGGGUGUAGUUGGCUUCGAAUUGAUAAUGAGGUGCAUGCUUUUGUAUCUGGAGAAAGGAUAAAGAAGUUGGAUCCAGGACUUUGGAUUGCUGAAUCCAACUAAAUUUUGGAUUGUUGGUUCUUACAUUGUUUUGUUUGUAGCUAAAAAUACUCUCUGUUAACGGGAGGAUAUAGUUGUCACUGAAAGUUGUGAUCUGAUAUUUGGCAGAGAUCCCCAUGGCUGUAGGCUUAGAGCUUCAUUCAGAUUUAAUUGGAGAGAGUUAAAAGAAUAGGUGCAGUUGAGGACUUGGUUGUGUUUGCCAGGGUUUGUCCUUCGUGACCAUCAGCUGCUGUCAAAAAGAAUUAAGCUCCAGGUCGUCCAGCUGGUACUGCUGGCAGACGAUGGUUUCUUUAGUUUGUAAACAAAUGGUACAAUCUGGAGGUUCCAGAGCUCCGUGGAUAUCACAUAUGGGAAUCCAGUCAUGGUUGGCUUGUUGCCUUUGGUACCCUUAUCUCGAUCCAAAUUAAGUUUGCCUUCACCAUCCAAUUUUGAACAUCGACAUCCAAUAGCUGAGUACUCUCCCUCCAGAGUGGUAUCGAAACUCGAAAGGGUUACAUUGCAAAGUCUUCAGGGGAAGAACUUGUGGUUGUUGCAAUAUAUGUGGUUCAUUCAACAAUUUGGCCAUAGCAUGACCAAUCAUGGCAAGAAGUUGAGGCAGAAGGUCUCAGCAAGCUUUUAAUCCUUUUCUUAUAAGAGUGGGAGUAAAUACCUUAUUUAAAAUGUGUGGAGUUGUUCCCAUGAUAUACAAAUUUCUGGUAUAAUUUUGAAUCA